AUGCCCGAGGUGGCGCGGCGGCCCCACUCUCUGGGGUCCAUUGAAGAUGACUGGCCCGUUCCACUGCUGCAACCCGUCCCGCGACGGCCCGUGCCCAAUGUUCCGGCUCGCGCGACUUUCUUACCGUCCUCUCGCAGUGACUAUCAGUUGCAAAGACCCGCGAUUAUGACGAACGGUUAUGGUGCAGUGCCGCCGUCUACUUCGCGUAGGUUAUCUUUACCCGGCGGUGGACAGAACCCGCCAAAGAUGUCUGCUACGUUCCAUGGGUUAUCCGCGCUAAUGGGCGUGCACCCGCCCAUGGGUAUGGGUACACCCAUGGGCACGCCAAUGACUCCGAGUACACCAGCAGCUGUAAGGGAAGCGGUGCGACACCUACUUCAGCAACCUAGAAAUGGUUUUCCCAUCAUGGAUCAUAAACUUUCCUUAUUCAUUGACAUUUUGGAUGCACAGGAGAGAUUUUCACAGGUGAUUCUUAAUUCCAUUUAUUAG